AUGCAGCCGCUCCCGGAUGAGGCCCGCAGGGAAGCGGCCGAGGACGCCCAGUGGUCCAGACCCGAGUGCCAGGUGUGGACAGGGACGCUGCUUCUGGGGACAUGCCUGCUAUACUGCGCCCGCGUCAGCAUGCCCGUCUGUGCCGCCGCCAUGAGCCAGGACUUCGGCUGGAAUAAGAAGGAGGCCGGUGUUGUGCUCAGCAGCUUCUUCUGGGGCUACUGCCUGACUCAGGUGGUGGGCGGCCACCUGGGGGACCGGAUCGGGGGUGAGAAGGUCAUCCUGCUGUCGGCUACCGCCUGGGGCUUCAUCACCGCCGCCACGCCGCUGCUCUCCCGCCUCAGCAGCGCCCACCUGGCCUUCAUGACCUUCUCUCGCAUCCUCACGGGCUUGCUCCAAGGGGUUUACUUCCCUGCGCUGACCAGCCUGCUGUCCCAGAAGGUGCGGGAGAGUGAGCGAGCCUUCACCUACAGCACCGUGGGGGCCGGCUCCCAGUUUGGGACACUGGUGACGGGGGCCGUAGGCUCCCUGCUCCUGGACUGGUACGGCUGGCCGAGCGUCUUCUAUUUCUCGGGUGGGCUCACCCUGCUGUGGGUGUGUUACGUGCACAGGUGUCUGCUGGGUGAGAAAGAUCUCAUCCUGGCCUUGGGCGUCCUGGCGCAGGGCCUGCCGGUGUCCAGACACACCAAGGUGCCCUGGAGACAGCUCUUCCGAAAGCCUUCUGUCUGGGCGGCCAUCAUCUCCCAGCUCUCGGCGGCCUGCUCCUUCUUCAUCCUCCUCUCCUGGCUGCCGACCUUCUUUAAGGAGACCUUCCCCAGCUCCAAGGGCUGGGUCUUCAACGUGGUGCCCUGGCUAGUGGCCAUUCCUGCCAGUCUGUUCAGCGGGCUUCUCUCAGACCGUCUCAUCAAUCAGGGUUACAGGACCAUCACUGUGCGGAAGUUCAUGCAGGCGAUGGGCCUCGGCCUGUCCAGCGUUUUUGCCCUGUGUUUGGGCCACACCUCGAGCUUUUGUAAGUCUGUGGUCUUUGCAUCAGCCUCCAUCGGCCUCCAGACCUUCAACCACAGCGGCAUUUCCGUUAAUAUCCAGGACCUGGCCCCGUCCUGUGCCGGCUUUCUGUUUGGUGUGGCCAACACAGCUGGGGCUUUAGCAGGAGUCGUGGGCGUGUGCCUGGGUGGCUACCUCAUCGAGACCACGGGCUCCUGGACGUCCGUGUUCGACCUGGUGGCGGCAGUCAGCAGCCUCGGGCUAUGCACCUUCCUGGUGUUCGGGAAGGCCCAGCGGGUGGACCUGAGCCCCGCCCAUGAGGACCUCUAG